AAGUGGAGAAGGAGGUUCUGUUUUGUGCCGGGCCCGCACCUGGCUGGCCAGCGCCUCGGGCCCAGGCUCCGUGUGGACGGGGCCGGACUCAUACAGCCUCGGGCCGCCCGCUCCGAGGUGUACCUCACCUGCUGGGCUGUACCGGCCCGCAUCGCCUCACACCCCGCUGCUGAAGGCCGGAGGACUCCGCCCGUGACAGGCAGACAUCAGUCCUUCCAUCUGGCGCUUGUUAUGUACGGGUUCGUUGCUGCCAGAGCUGUGUGAAGUGAGACCAUAUGCUGCUUUUCUUUUCUUUUCCUUUUUUUUUUUUUAAAGCAGAAUUUAACCACUUUACUUAGUAAUUUUGUGUUCUCCACCCAUUGCCUUUACAAUGGAACCCAAACGCUAAGAAAAGAUCCUAUCUGCUGUGUGGAGAAUGGAUUGGAAAAGAGAAAGAAGGGGGAGACCAUGCAGGAAACUCUUGCAGAAGUUCAGAUCCCGAAGGUGAUAUGAGGGAAUGGACCAGAGAGAAAGAUGUGGGCCUGGAAGCUUUAUGAGAAAGAGGACUUUCAAACCAGUCCCUGAGACCAACGAGAACACUGUUUGACAAAGACAACUGGAUGGAGACCUAGCUGGGAGAAGGAAGAUGCUCCUGGAAGGAACUGAUACAGGAUAACAACAUGGAAAGGAAAGCCCAGGAGAGCAGGAAAGGACUGACCCACAGAGAAGUCCCUCGUGUUGUUGGGCUGCUGCUCGCCAUGGCCCUUAUGAAUGUGGUCCUUUACCUCUGCUUCGACCGAUUUUUCAUAUCCCCUCAACAUUCCACCAAGGACCCUAGAUCUUGUCCAUAUGGUUACUUCAAAAUGGGGCAGAUGAAAAACUGUUCACCCUGGCUGUCCUGUGAGGAGCUGAGGACAGAAGUGAGACAGUUGAAGCGUGUUGGGGAAGGAGCCGUGAAGAGAGUCUGUCUGUCUGAGUGGAAGGAACGCAAAGUUGCGCUCUCACGGCUCACCAGUCUGGAAAUGAGAGAUGAUUUCCUCUGUGGACUACAGAUGCUGAAAUCUCUACAAAGCAAACACAUUGUCACACUGCUUGGCUACUGUGAGGAAGACAACACUAUUCUUACUGAAUAUCACCCCUUAGGUUCCUUGAGCAACCUGGAAGAAACACUAAACCUUUCAAAGUACCAAAAUGUGAAUACAUGGCAGCACAGGCUGCAGCUGGCCAUGGAUUAUGUUGGUGUCAUUAACUACCUGCACCACAGCCCCCUGGGCACGCUGGUCAUGUGUGACUCUAAUGACCUGCCCAAGACACUAUCUCAGUAUCUGCUAACAAGUAACUUCAGCAUUGUGGCAAAUUAUUUAGAUGCCUUACCCCUGGUGAACCACAGCUCUGGGACAUUUGUGAAAUGUGGCCACAGGGAGCUUCAUGGGGAUUUUAUAGCUCCUGAGCAAUUAUGGCCUUAUGGAGAGGACAUACCUUUUCAUGAUGAUCUCAUGCCCUCAUAUGAUGAGAAGAUUGAUAUCUGGAAGAUUCCAGAUGUUUCCAGUUUCCUUUUGGGGCACGUUGAGGGUAGUGAUAUGGUUCGAUUCCAUUUGUUUGAUAUUCAUAAGGCCUGUAAGAGCCAGAAUCCUGCAGAAAGACCCACUGCUCAGGAUAUUCUGGAUAUUAUCAAAAGGUUUUGAAUUUACUCAGAGAUACUGUGAUGUCUCAGACAAGAGAAAUGUUAUAAAAAUCAGUGCAGCCAUUGAAGGGUGGGGUUUGAGGACCGAAUGGAAGUUAUAGCAGUUCUACUCUGAUGGUGGUUUUUUUGUGUAAGCCCUAUGGUUUUUUUUUUGUUGUUGUUGUUUGUUUGUUUGUUUAUUCAGCUAUGUGGCUUUUUUUUCUAUGUCCACUUGGC